AUGGACGACAACACGCCGGGAGAACACCGUAAUGGGCCGGAGUACCCGGAGCCCCCAUCUUCAGGAUACUCGCCCUACCCUACUCUGGCCCCCUCGGGCUCCGCGGCUCCCUCACCAUACGGCAACUCACCUUUCGCCUCGCGUCCGUUCAGCUCAAUCAUCGACGACACAUUCAACCUUGGUGUAAAUUCGAUAGACCAAGAGUCACUCCGACGGCUCGAUGCCAGCGGUGUCACCAACGGGUCUGCCGCGCGGCCUUGGACAACGGACUUCUUCAACCGCCUGGCCGUGCCCGGGAACGGCAGCCCUUCCCCAACCAGACCACCCGCUGGACCCGAAACCGAGGAGAUCGUAUAUGAGACUCGAGGGACCAAGCGAGGCCGGCCGAGGGGAAGUGGAAGGGGUCGAGGACGAGGUCGCGGCGGUUGGAAAUGGGCCCUUCGGGAUACGGAUCACGCGGACAUCUUCUCGAAACCCAAAGCGACACGGGGAGUGAGGAAGAAGCCGGGCCCCGUUCGUGGAAAGCCACGAGCCAGUGUCAAUGCCACUGGCAAGUCUCGCAUUGAUCCGGGUGCCGAGUUCAAGGUUCUGCAGAACAAGGUCAUGGCGGCCUUGUUGAGCGAUGAUCUCGAUGCUGCACUGGAAUAUGCAAAGCUGGCGGUGUUGCAGAACUCCGAGGUCUUCAUCGCGCAUAAGGUCAUUCAUGAUAUCUACCAACGGCAAGGCAAGGAACGCGAUGCAGUCAUUGCGCUGUACUCUGGAGCAAACACUAAGAGAGAUGCCGACUUAUGGGCCGAGGUCGGCCAACGGAUACUGGAUCUUGAGGAUCGGGUUUCCAAUGACGAAGAGUGGGCCCGUGGGUGCUUCACAGAGGCCAUCAGGAUCAAUCGAGAAUGCUACGCGGCUCGUGUAGCGAAACUGCGAUUACACGUGGAGCUAAAGGAAGACAGUUCUGCCCGGAUGGAGGCGAAGAUCAUCACGGAGAAAUGGCCCAAGGACCUCGAGGUCGUCAGUCAGUACGCUGAGCUCUGUAUCGAAUCUGGGAAUUCUUGGGAAUGGGAGCGAAGCAAGUAUGCUUACGAGAAGGCAUUCGAGCAGUACGCAGGUGAAGAGAUGCUGGGAGACGACCCCGAGCAGCAGUGGUUCUACCUCAACGAGUAUCUCGACAUCCUCCUCCGCCUUGGCUUACACCAACUCGGCCUCCGUCAGCUCAAACGAAUUGCAAGAUGGUUUCUUGGGCGCCAAGAGGAUACGUUCUGGGACGACAUUGCCGAUGAUCGAGAGUUUGACAGCACCAACGAUCGCCGACUCCAUCUAUGGCAAUUCCAACAAGGCCGCAUCAGUUUGGAUCCCCAGAAAUACGGCGAAGGCUUGCCGCUUGAAUUGCGCGUCAAACUCGGCUUGUUCAGACUUAGUAUGCAAGCAAAAGACGAGGCUUUUCGCCACUUUCAAUCCCUCCUUUUCGACGACAUCGAAAUUGACGGCCUCGAGGAGCUCUUCGUCGAAGUGGCCGAGUCUCUCAAUAGCCAUGGCUUGUUUGCGGAUGCCCUCCGAUUCUACGAGCGUAUCAAGGAUCACCGACCCGAUGACGAUGAGAGGUUUUGGAUGUCGAUUGCGCAGUGUUAUCGUGCGCAAGACAGGUACCAGGAAGCUGAGCAGUGCCUACUCAAGAUCACCACCACCCAACCGCAGAGCAUUGAAGCGAGGAUUCAACUCGCCCGGCUCUACGAUGCCAUUGGGCAGCGGGAGAAGGCGUUCAUGAUGGCGGAGGAAGUGACUGCUCUUAGCAAGCAGCAGGCACAGACUCUGCAGAACGACUCUGCGACGCCUGGCGAGCGCGAGUAUACACCACGAACACCCCUCCGGGCGCUGCCCAGGCUCCUACCUUUGCCAAGCGGUGCGGCAGCUCUCGUGCGAAGUCUUAGCGAUGUCGUGCCUACUGCUGCACCUGUUGGAAAUGGUACCGCCGGGCCAUCCCAACUAUCGUCGUUACGGAAAGCAGAGUCGAAAAAGGCCAAAGCGAAGCGCUCUCGAUCACUGAAGAAGGCUACAAUCCGGAGCGAGAUCACCAUUGGCAAUCUCCUCAACCGCCCGACAUCAUUCGGACAUGGUAGAAAUCGUGCCGAGCAGAGCAGAGAAGGACCGCACGACGAAACACUGGUUGAAUGUAAAGCAAGAGUUCACAAGCACUACGCUGUGGUGACGCAGCUCUGGCCAGCACUUGAAUCAGAGGGUGAUCAGGCGGAGGCGGAGGUAAAGGGGUGGAUGGAGCACGCUGGCACCAUAGCAUCCGCGUUCAAAGACGUCCAGAGGAUUCUCCAGGCGGAUGAGGCACAGGGGAAAUCCAGCGCGACACCACAAUCAAGCCUUCUGCCGCGACCGCUGGUACGAGAGAUGGAGCAGCUGAAGAAACGCGCGAUUGGAGGCGGACUGUGGACGGAGCAGGACGACUCAGGGAUGAUGCUCAUGGCCCCGGGACCAGUACACGGCAGCUUCUUCGACAUCCCAGCGCUGGACUGGCACCGCAUGUUCUCCGACCUCGCACUGUUAUACGCGCAGCAGGUCCAGCAGGAGAAGUGCUACGACGUGCUCGAGCACUGCCUCAUGAAACCCGCCGUCUUCCGCUCCGACCCCCAGCUCCUCAAUACCACACAAGCAGUCGCGAUGUACUGCGCCCUGCUAUUCAACGACAGCAAGCUCAUGACCGAAGUCGCACAGGCGUACAUCUCGAGCAGCCGCAAUCGCUCCCCAACCGCCUUCCACCUGCUCGCCGCUUCCGGCCGGCUCUCGCACGGAAGCGAGCCCUACCUCUACGACAAAAAGAGCGGCAAAUGGCUGCACGACACCGUCAACACGAUCGACACCAGCAUCAGAAAAGCAGCCGAAGCGCGCCGCGUCGAAAUCGCCGCGGGCUGGAUCCACCCGGACGCCCCCGAGCCCAUCGGCCAGCAGCAAGCGCCCGACGCCGCGCUCCUAAUGGUACAUGCCCAAAACGCAGCUGCAAGCGACUCGACGGCGAAGCACUACACGGCGCUUCCUUUCCUCCUCCGCGCCCUGUCCCUGCAACCGCAGAAUCUAGUCCUCAACCUCAGCCUCGCGACAACGUACAUCACCCUCGCAAUGCGCGACACCACCUCUUCCGCCGAGCGCACGGCAGAACUUACGCACGCUCUGGCCUUCUUCACGCGGUACUACGAUUUGCGCACCGCGAGCGGGAAGGCGGCGCAUCUGCAGGAGGCGGAGUACAAUCUCGCGCGCUUUUGGCAUCAGCUUGGGCUUGUGCAUUUGGCUGUGCCGGGGUAUGAGAAGGUGUUGGAGAGGAGUGAGGAGGUGGGGAGGGACUUUGAGACGGAGCGGAGGGGGGAAGAGGAGUUGGGGCUGCUGCCUGGGGAGGGGGCGGAGUGCGAGGAUUUCGCUGCUGAGGCUGCUUUUGCGCUGCAGCGGAUUUUCGUGGAGGCCGGGAAUGAGCAGGCUGCGAAGGCGAUUGGGGAGCGGUGGCUUGUUUUAUGA